UUCCUGCGCCAGGCUUCAGUGUUCCCUUGACUGUCAGCGGGGGAAGGUUGUCGCUCGUUGCCUCGCUCGACUGCUGUGUCUGCAUCUCGCCCCCACCAACGCCUCUGAGCAUCAUUGACGAUUUCCUCUGGAUUUAUAUGGACUUGAUUGUGAUUUCUUUAGCGAGCAGUCCGAGGCAAAUUUUAAGUGAUAGGUAACGAAUGUAUGAGUUAUGAGUAAAGUGUAUUAAUCUGAAGAAAGAUUAAUGGGUUCUGGAGAUAAGUGCGGUGACCUCUAGCGAUGUCUGGUGUGUAGUAGUGUGUGUGGGUGGAACUUCACCGCGUCCAGGAUUCCUACAUCAUCUCCACCCAGGGCCGGCGCAGCCCCACAGUGACAUCACUUGGACAUAACACGGAUACAAGCGCUUGUCUGGGGGGGUGAGGCCGCGGCGGGAGCACCUAAGUGUGGGUUGCCUCCGAGAAAUAGUUUGGCAUCUUGACGUAACUUGGUGGCAAGCCAACGAGAGGUGGAGGGAGAGGCGGGAGCAAUGUGAAGUGUGGGCGUGGAGGAGCAGCAUCAACCUUCUCUUGAGUCCAGUGUCCUCUUGGCUCGCUCCUCGGGUGUCUGCCUCAAGGAUCACCUCUACCCCAAGCCGCAAGUGGCAGCUCUCACCCACACUUGUGUGUCGCGCAUCGAGGCCAUAAAAGAAGUGAAAUGGGAUAAAAGUGUGAAGGAAACUAGUGUUAUUUUCUUUGGUAGCCUGGACUCGAACAAGUGACUCUGAAAAGCGCGUGUGGGUGUGUGGGUGUGUGUGGGUGCAUGCUUGAGUGUUUGCUAAUCGGACAUGUAGAUAUCGCCUUUUCUCGUGCUAACAUUAAGUGAAGAUCACAUAAACGCUGGUCAAAGUAUUUCCAAAAAGGCGAAGGAAAAGUAGCUGUGAGGUGCAGCAGAGUGGACUCAUCCAGCAUCACCUUGGGCUCGGCGGUGAGACAGUUCUCAAGGGACGGGAUCCAAGGCGCCCGUCCGUCCGUCAGUCAUGCCCUCGCCGGCCUCACCAUCACUCUGAGGCUCCUCCGCCCCGGCCUCCUGCGUGUACUGUGGUGAUUAUGUGUGAUUGUGCGGCACCUCCCGAGGCAACAGCGACAAGAUGUGCGUCAUGAAGUUCCUGCUGGCGGGGCUCCUGUGCAUCCUCACCCACGGCCCCGGGGCUCCUCGGCUUGUCUGGGGUCAGCAGAAACAACACUUCCGCAACCAACCCGAGGAUCAGCAUGUCAUCGAGGGCAACGUUGCCAUCAUCAAGUGUGAAGUGGGCAACCAGGCGGGCCGCGUGCAGUGGGCCAAGGACGGCUUCGUGCUGGGCUUCAACCGGAGCAUCCCCGGCUACCCGCGCUACGAGAUGAUCGGAGACGGCGUGGACGGGGAGCACCACCUCAGGAUCCACAACACGACGCUCAACGACGACGCCGACUACCAGUGCCAAGUGGGCCCCGCCGACGGGCACCCGCCCAUCAGAGGCACCGGCCACCUCACCGUCCUUAUGGCACCGUCGGCCGUGGAGUUGCUGGGUCGGGGCCGUGAGGGCUUGCUGGAGGUGAGCGAGGGGGAGGAGGUGACGCUGGAGUGCCGAGUCGAGGACGCCAAGCCGGUCGCCGAAGUGAUGUGGUUCAAGAAUGACCAGGAGAUCCAUUUAGACUCCCGGGUCGACAUAGCAGAAGAAUCAUCGAAGCACCGGCGGCACAACCUCAUAUCGAAGAUCUCGCUGCGGCUCACCCCGGCGGAUGACGGCUCGCACUACAGCUGCCGCGCCCAGCACCCCGCCCUCAACACCCCCAUCAGGGCGUCCGUCAAGAUCUCAGUCCAGUAUCCCCCCGGGCCGCCCGUCAUCACAGGCUACACGACGGGCGAGGCCAUCAAGGCAGGCAAGGAGCGGACACUCACCUGCCGCUCGAGAGGUGGCAACCCCCUGGGGCGUGUCGUGUGGUACAGGAACAACGAGAACAUUGACAGCACGGACCGGGCGGAGGGCGGCGAGAGUGUUAACGAGUACAAGUUUAUCGUCGACUCAGCGGACAACGGAGCCGUGUUUACAUGCGAGGUGCGGAACAAGCUCACCGACAAGCCGCUUCUCGCCUCCGUCAAGCUCAACGUGCAGUUUCCGCCGCAAAACGUGAGAGUAACCGGCCCCAAGCAAGCUCGUGUGGGGGACAACGUCACUCUCCACUGUUUUGCGGAGAACAGUAACCCGCCGGCGAAGGUCUCGUGGGUGAUGGACGGACAGCCGAGACCCGAGACCUCCACCAGAAACGAGACGACGCGCUCCGGCGGCUGGCACACGGACAGCGAACUGACCCUGGCGGUGCCGCACUUGAACAGGGACAUCACGUUCACCUGCCACGCCACCAACCAAGCCCUCGGGGAAACCAAAGUGGACACCUUCAAGCUCCCCAUCCUCAGACCCCCCCAGCCACCGUACCUUCGCGGCUACAGCGAGGGCACAGGGAUCAGCGUGGGCAGCCAGCAGGUCAUCACGUGUGUCUCGAUAGGCGGCAACCCCGUCGCUCACCUCCAGUGGUACCGCAAUGGGCAGAAAAUCGCUUCACACGUGCAGAAUGUGGAUGGCGUGAGCUCGGCGGAGAUCCAGAUCCUCGCCGAGCCUGAGGACAACGGGGCCCAGUACAGGUGUGAGGCACACAACGCGGCGGCGGCCUCGCCCGUCAGUGUGUCCACCACUCUGGUCGUCUUCUUCCCGCCAGAGACCGUCAAGAUCACACAAAGCCCCCCAAACCUUCGGGCAGGCGAGAAGGCGACGCUGACGUGCGAGGCAGGGCCGUCCAACCCCGCCGCUACCAUCACCUGGCUGAGGGAGGGCUACGAGAUGACCGGCAGCCCCCAGACCCCGCAGCACACCAGGAACGGCGGCACCAAAGUGGUCAACAAGCUGACACUCAGCUUGACAGCGGCUGACGACGGGCUCACCUACACCUGCAAAGCCUUCAACACCAAGUUGCAGAAGGACGUGCGGCAGUCCGUCACGCUGAGGGUCAACUACAAACCCACCUUCCUGACGGACCCUCCCCCGGUAGUGGACGUGGUCAUCGGUGAGUCUGAAGUCCUGAACCUGACGGCGAGAGCAAACCCCGGGCCCGUGAGGUACUCCUGGACCCGCCACGGCCUUCCUCUUCCCCACCAGGUAAACGAAGACUCCUGGAGGAACGCUUACAGUAUCGACAUGGAGGAGAUGGCCGCGGCGCCCCCCAGUGAGAGCUCCUACGUGGCUGCCGACGGUCCCCUUCUUUACCUGAAGGGCGUGACUGUAGACGACGCUGGGGACUACGAACUCAAAGCCACGAACUCUGAAGGAACGACGGAUGCCAAGAUCUACCUCAACGUGCAAUACCCGCCGAGCAUCAAGUACACCUCCAGGCUGGUCACGGUGUCGGAGGGGCAGGACGCGCAUCUGGAGUGUGCCGCCGACGGGAACCCCCUGACGGAGGACAUGAUGAGGUGGUCGAGGGAGAACUACGACUUCACCCGAACUGAGCAGUCCUUCGGAGGGAAGAAAGCCUCUCUAAUGGUGCUGCGGGCGAACCGAAACGACACGGGCGUCUUCAGCUGCGUGGUGAACAAUGGCAUCGGGAAGGAAGCCAUGUCGAACGCUACUCUAGUGGUCAAAACAAAGCCUCAGGUGGAGCGCUCUCAG